UCAUGUCAUUUGACAGACAAUAACAGCUGAUAUUUGUUAUUUUGAUCAAAAAUUGGGAUAAAAAUCUCAGGUGGAAACGGUCCAUGAGAUAUAAUUGUGUUUUUAUUCUACAAUCUGUACAAUUAACAGUAUUUUGACGUGCAGAUAGAAUUUAUCAAGUUUCAUCUUUGUAUGACAAUGCCCACCGGCAUUACUUUUUUAUAAAUUCAUUUGUGGUUAUAUAAGCUAAAUUAUGGCAGCGAGGAAAGUAUUGAUUGGUGGUGGUACAGGCUUCAUUGGUCGUAAUUUGGGAGACCUACUUGCUAUAAAAGGCUACAAUGUAACGAAUGUGGCCCGUAUGCCUGGCGCAAACAAUAUUUCAUGGACCAACUUGGAAAAAUGUGGCUUGCCUAAAUCAUUUGCAGUUGUUAAUUUAGCUGGCCAGCAAUUUAUGGAUUUCACAAAAUCUUGGACACCUGGGUUCAAACAAAAUGUUCAAAAUUCUCGAGUAUGUACUACCCAAGCUUUAGCAAAAGCCAUCAAUAAAACGGAAGACAAACCAAAGGUUUUUGUUGUACUGACUGGUGUUGGUGCCUAUGAACCUUCAGAGUUAAAUCGCUAUGAUGAAACAAGUCCAACUACAGGCCAUGACUUUUUUUCACGGUUGACUGUUGAAUGGGAAAAAGCAGCUCAUGUUGAUCCACCUGUGCGUCUUGUCAUAAUUCGCUCCGGCGCCGUCCUCGGACGAUGGGGAGGGAUGAUCAAGAACAUGUUUCUGCCAUUUUACUUCGGACUCGGCGGACGCAUCGGCACCGGCAAGCAGUUCUUACCUUGGAUACACAUAGACGACCUCACGCGACUCAUACUCUUUGCAAUCGAAAAUGAGAACGUCAAAGGUAUACUGAACGGCGUGGCGCCGCACGUUAUUACCAAUGACGACUUUACACAGUCAUUCGCAAAGGCGUUGCGACGACCUGCCUUCAUACCCGUCCCAGAGCGUUUACUGAACUUCUUGCUCGAUCCAGAGCGGGCAAUGAUCAUGACGAAAGGUCAACAUGUAGUCCCAAAACGAGUUCUACAGUAUGGAUUUAAAUACAACUACCCUCGCAUUGACGUAGCUUGUGAAGAAUUCGCACAUCUCUGCCCGAAGAAACACCCACUCAAAUAAACGCCAAGGUAUUUUUGUCAGUCCUUUGUUUGUCAUUGUGGAAAAAUUACCGACGUACGUAAUGAUGUUGAAGAAAAUGUUGUGCAAUUUAACAAUUUCACAUUGUCUGUUGAAUACUCUUAGAUUCAUAAACUUAAGUGAUUGUUGUUAAUAAAUUAUUGUCUUUAGAAAAUAA